GCGUCAUUUUGGGACCAAAUUUGCUAUAUUCGGAAUACUUUUGAUUGUUUUUAGACGUUUUCAUUCAAAACGAUGAGCAUCCCGGUGGUAGAUUUUAGCGUGGCCAGCUUGAACGUCGAGGAUAUUUCCGAUGUUGAGCUCCAGGAACUUAGCAGAGAGUUAAAAGAGGCUUUUAUGGAAGUGGGAUUCGUUUUCUUGAAGAAUACUGGCAUCACGCAGGCGGAGGUCGAUCGUGUCAUGGAUACUUCGAGAAAUUUCUUCCUGCAGCCAGACCGUCUCAAGAUGCCGUUCAGAAAGUUCUCCUCUCCAAUCAGUCCACAUCACGGCUGGUUAUCCAUGGAGAGUGAAAGGUUAAAUCGAGAAAGACCGGAAGAUCUAAAGGAGUCGUUUAACGUGACUUCGCUACAUCCUGACAUUAAAUGGCCCUCAUCUGAGGCGGCCCCGGGAUUCCAAGAGACCCAGAUAUCUUUUUUCCACCGCUGCAAAGAGCUGAGCCUGCGUGUUAUGAGGGUGAUGGCCCACAGUCUGGAUUUGGAUCCCGAUAUCUUCCUGAACGCACACCGCCUGAUUGGAACCGAGGGGAACUGUACAACGCUACGUUCGCUGUACUACCCGCCGGUGAACAGCGAGCAAGCCAAGGAGGGUCAGCUGCGAUGCGGAGAGCAUUCCGACUACGGUACCAUUACUUUGGUGUUCCAGAACGCAGAGGGUCUCCAAGUGCGCCGUCGCUCCGGUGAGUUCGUCAGCGCUCCAUGCGUGCCCGGCGCCGUUCUCGUCAAUAUCGCAGACCUGAUGCAGCGUUGGACCAGCGAUAAUUUUGUGUCCGUGCUCCACAGAGUUUUGCUUCCCCCGGCCGGCGACUGCAGCAGCACUCGCCAGUCUGUGGCUUUCUUCGUCCAGCCUGACGAUGAGGCCGUGGUCACGUGCAUCGACGGAUCUGACAAGUACCCCCCGGUGCGUUCGGGCGCCUAUCUCAUGGAGCGCUUAAACUACUCCUACGGGCGAGCGUGAAAGGCAUCGAUAUAGAAGCUUCACUCAUUUUGCUGCCACAAAACAAUACGAUGAAAAGUCAGUUGAAUUUGGCGCCUGGGUUGAACAUUCCUCGCUACCGUGUACACAAUUUUUUAAGCCACACCCCUUGCAUGCACUGUUUGGGUUUUGAACUCUUGCAAUGAAUUCCACAAACACACGUGAAGACUGCACAUUU